CAAGAGUAAGAUGGUUACCAGAAAAAAGAGGUUUCCGAAGUUAGCGGCUUGAAGAAUGGCAACAAAUGUUGACAAUGCUAUUUUAGAGCAGUUCUGUGCAAUUACAGGAGCUACAAAUGAAGUUGGUGUUCGUUUGUUAGAAGCAUGCAACUGUAACCUUGACAUGGCCAUAGGAAUGCACAUGGAUAGUAAUGCGGAUGGUGUUGUAACAGAGAAUGAUCAGCCGUCAACAUCAGAUUAUGGGAAUGAUGGGGAUGAAGUUAGAGCUCCAAUACCACAGAGAAGUGAGACAUUGAUAGAAGAAAUGCCAAUUUAUGGUUUUAGAGGCAGAAGAAGAAAAGCAAGAUCGGUAUUUGAUGGAUUUCGGGAUUUUCAGGCUGAAGCAAAACAACAAGAAGAAAUGUUAACAUCUGGCAGUGUCCCCAGUGUUCCCAACAAGAAGAGAACAUUAGAAGAUUUAUUUCGUCCUCCUAUAGAUAUCACUUUCAAGGGAACAUUUGCAAGUUUACGAGAUGAAGGUAAAACCAAGAAUAAAUGGCUAUUGGUUAAUGUCCAGAAUGUACAAGAAUUUGUUUGCCAGGCGUUAAACAGAGAUGUAUGGAGCAACAGAAAUGCCAAGGCUGUCAUCAAGGACAAUUUUAUUUUCUGGCAGGUGUAUCAUGAUAGUGAAGAAGGAAAGAAGUUUUGUCAGUUUUACAAAGUCCACCAGUGGCCAUUUGUUGCAGUGGUGGAUCCACGAACAGGUGAAAACAUGUCAACAUGGAACAGAUUAGAUGCCACAGUUUUCUGUGAACUAGUUACAGAUUUCUUGAUGGAGCAUCCUUACAAUGAUCCAUCUGAGGAACCCAGUCCAGCAGCAAAACGUGCACGUCGAGAACCAAGCAUCGUGGAUGCUACCGAAGAUGAACAAUUACAGGCAGCCAUGCAAGCUUCUAUUAACCAAAACAAAGUGCCUCAAACUGUUAUUAUAGAUUCAGAUUCCGACAGCAAUGAUAUUGAAACAUUCUCAGGUUCCGAAGACGAAGUGUCACAAUCCCCUCUUAAGUCAUCGCCAGAUGUAAAAAGUAUAAAAUCAGCCAAAGAGAAGUUAAACGAUAAUAAGACAAACACUGAUAGUGCUAGCAAUGACCAAGAUUUGAAAAACGAUUCCGUAAACAAUAUUUCCAAUUUAAGUGAAAGUGAAAGCAGCAUGUUGAAUAAUACAGGAAGUUCAGAUAAUUAUUGUUUAAGUGAAGACAGAAAUUAUAAACAUUUCCUUGGUAAAGAUACAGAUCCUCAGACAUCACUGAUGAUCAGAUUUCCUGAUGGAAACAGACAGCAGUUUUCGGUAUCCUGUAAAUCUAAACUUAUGGCAUUAGUGCUAUAUGUUGCAGAAAAUGGAUUUAGCAAUGAACAAUAUGAACUUGUCACAAAUUUCCCAAGACGCAAAUUAUCAUACAUGGACUUUGAACUUACAUUGGAGGACGUGGGACUUUAUCCCCAGGAAUCAGUGUUUGUGCAGGCAAGGUGAAGAAUAUCAUGAAGAGUCAAUCUUUAUAGACAAUCUAAGCCAAAUGUACAGUGAAUAUCAUUGAUGAUAUAACUAGAUCUCAAUUUUAAGCUCAAAUUCAAAUCGUGCCUCAAUUACAAUAGGUAAACGCCACCUACCUCGAGAUUUUUUUUAUUGUUUUACCUGAAAUACAUUCCUAUUUAUGGAGUGGUAAGGCUAAAGAAAUUAUUUGAUAUGCAAACAUUCAAACUGGAAGGCAGGGAUUAAUGGAAGUGAUACUCGCUUUUGAAUGAGUCAGUUGACAAUUUUAUGUCAGAAAUGCCAGUGCCAUCUCAGGAGUUUUUCAGCUCAGCCAGAACAGGAAUUAUAUUGGUGCAUAAUUUAUGUAAAUUUUUAAUAAAUAUUUUUACCAGCAA